GGCAACAGCAAUGGCGGCCACGGCGGCCGAGCGGCUCUUCUCACUGGAGCUGCUCGUGGACUGGGUGCGGCUGGACUCGCCAUGCUUCGCGAGCCCCGCUGUGGCGUUUCGUCUGCUGGACUUCCCGCCGCUGCUCAUCCUCCCGCCGGCCGCUCCUGACCCGGAGCCCCAGCGCGGCGCCAUCACCUUCGGACGCGGCAAAGCCUGCUUACUGCGCCUGCGCCCCGCCGCCCUCCGUCGCCCACGCCUGCGCGCAGCCCUGCUGCAGCUACCGGCGGUCCCGACGCCUGCCCCACUCCUGUUGGGAGCUUGCGACAUCCUGCUGGUCCCCUCGGUGGGUCAACGAGGUAUAUUCACCCUGCGCGGCCCGGAGGCCGAGCGCGUUGGGGAAUUGGCGCUCUUCUACCGCUUGACCGACCUGGGACGCUUCCCCCCGGGGGCUCCACAACUGCGAAGCCCCCUGAGCCCUGCGUGUAUCACGGGUUCCGAGGCCCUGGAGGUGUCAGAGCCACGAACCAAGGAGACCUCGAAGCCAUGCACCAAAGACACCUCUGCCAGAUGUCUACAGUGUGUCUCAAAUGGACGCUUCUUGGAGGCCCCAGAGCCAUGUGCUAAGGAUACCGACAACUGGUCUGCAGGGGACUCAGACGCCUCAGCUGUCCAGAAGUCCUGGGAAGAAGCAAUCUUACACAGUAAAGCUAGCUCUGGGGACAUGGCUUCUGCCCCUUGUUCCCCUGCUCCCAGUGGGAGGACUGUCAGUCCUGUCAGUCUGGAGGUCACAGAACUGGACUUUGAAACCAACACAUUUUGCCCUCCUCCUCUGUAUUACACUCACCUGACUCAGGAAAAGGCUCCUUCUGCCAGGGUCGAAAUCACAAUUGAGCCUCAGAGAAACGAACCUGAGGAUCUAGAAGAUGCGUUUCCCGAAACAAAACCUGUAGGUCCUACCAUAAGGCCAGUGAAACAUACGAGAGCUGCAAUUCAGGAGAGCCCUCCAGUGCUUCUAAAUCUUCCACAGAUGCAGGGUCCAGGAGAAGCUAACGAAGCUCCGUGCCCUCCUCAGACUGAACAAAGUACAGUCGGUGCAAUAAGACAGCUGCCGCUGUUGAAUGCUUUGUUGAUGGAACUGUCCUUGCUGUGCAACCAGCCCGUGGCAAAUCCCUCCCAGGUUCAUCCCCAUUUAGCCUGGUUGUACAGAGGCGAACACAAGGGACCAGACCCUUCCACCAAGUCCACAUCUCGCUCAGAAUCAAAGAGCAACAAGCUUUCUGCGCAAGAAAAUGAAAAGUUGGUGAGUCCUCAGUCUACAAAGAACCCUAAAGGCAAACACUCAAAGAUCAGUGGUAGCCCCCCACCGAAGGUGACAAAGGGGAGGCUGCUUUAUGGCUUAACAAAUACACUAAGACUGCGUUUACAGCAGACAAACCCCGGCAUGCUGGUUGUACACGAAAAGAGAGAACAGUACAGGAGGUCACAGAUACGAGCUGUGGGGCCAAAGUUCCGAAUCCCGUCCUGGAAAGGGAAGGUGUCAAGCUUGGCAGCAGAAAGCCAGAUGCCACCACAGCUGCCUGGUGACACGUUAACAGACUCUAAUGGGAAAGUAUCAAGCUGGGCAGUACAAAGCCAGCUGCCACCACAGCUGCCCAGGGAUAGAUCUUUAGACUCGUAUGGGUCCUUUGCUGAAGGCAGUGACACUUCAAUGCUAAUCAGCUCAGGCUUUGACGAGUCGAGUAGAACUAGAGAAGCAAAGCAAAGCCAUGCUAUGAAAAAAGAAACGGUUGGCCAAAGUGAAAACAAAACUGUCACUUCACUGAGAGCACCUGUGAGCCCUGCAGUCUCUGUCAUCCCAGAAAGAUCUCCUCGAUCAAAUAUUUUGAGAGGAAAAUGGAAAAAGCAAGUCCAAAGCCCAGGACUUUCCCGACAGGAUCCUGCUGUUGACAAAGCUGUAGGUGAGGGGAUAGAUGGUAAGCAAGUCAAAGCAGCAAGUGCUGCGGAUACUAAUGAAAAUAGACCACCCAGUAGAAAAAGUUCCUGCGAGAGCACCUCAGAGCUACAGUGCUGGGAUGGGUCCACCAGCCCUUGCUAUUCUGAAGACUUCUGCACAACUGAGAAUAAUAGCAGAAGUCUGCCAGCUCCUGACAGCAGCACAGGGGCAGAGUAUGCUCAAAAGGGUUCAUGGGCGAGCAAGUCAAGUGAGGCAAGGCUGUCCACAAGGAAAAACAGCAGUGAGUCGAGUUCUGUGUUCACCCCUCCCUUUUCUGCUGGCUCACCAGUGUGUUCUCAAAAAAGAUCUCGUGUACUGAAGACUCACGAUAGUCUGGAGGAAGCAUCCAGUCUCUCCACCAGUGAUUUUUCAUCACAGUGGACAAAUGAAAAGGAAAACCAGGCAGAUCCAGGUAGUUCAAAGAUCAGGAGGAGACAGGACCGCUCCACUAAACUUAAAGUAGGAACUGGUCACAAGUCAUCUGAGAAAAGCCACUCAGCAAGGACAUCUCAAGUUAGUUCUUAUGAACCAUCAAAUUUGUCUGAGCUAGAACUCAAGGCCAUAGAUGACAUAGAUAGUGCAUCAACUGGCUUCCAAGAAGAGGAAGAUGGCCUUGGUUCCCUUCGCAUCUCCAGACAGUGCAGAGACAUCUGCGAGUUAGUAAUAAAUAAACUUCCAGGAUACACGGUGUGAAAGUACGCUACUUUCGAAAGCUAGUUCUAUAGCUGCUGGGUGCUGAUACUGAAGAGUUGUAAUAACUCCCACAUAACCUUAGUAUGUAUGUGGUAGUUCUUAAGAAAUGUAAAUAG